UAUAUUCAUGUCAUGGCACAUCUGCUGCUCUUCAUCUUGAGCCUAUCUAUCGUCAUUUAUUCGACUUUUGCGGUUACUCUGGAUGGAUCGCUCUGUCUAGCCAAAGAACAGCCUGAGCUAACGCUAAAUGAGAUCGCGGUACGUUGCCCAUUUGCUAUUUUACUUACACGGAUCUCCUGGAUUCGACAUCCCUUUAUGUCAAGUUGGGAUCUAGUGGACGUUGAUCGAGCAUGCGCAAAGCAGGGACAGCAGGCCCUUUUCGGCAAUCUCGUGGCAUACCAUAUCACGUCUGUGACCGUUCAAAAGCCGCCAAAGAAACAAAGUUCCCCGCGCCAGCGCGAGGAGAAAGUUCGCUUGCGCAGCCGGCUGGAGCGCCAGAGAGGUAGAUGGAACUCGCAUCACCCACGAUAUCGCCUUCUUGACGCCAUCUAUGGCUUCUCACGCUAUCAAGAGCAAAACGGAGUCGAACUCCGGCGAUGGAAAACCUUAUACAAGCAUGUUUCUAUACCACAGAAGGCAAUGCUUGAGCAUGUAGUUUAUUACUCAAAGAAGCUCGAAGCCACCGAACAGCUAAUCCGGAAGAACCAGAAUCUGUGCGACAUGAUUGUGCAGAAUGCCCUACGGUUCUACGAAGUCAAGCAGAUCGAGUUGGACCAGUUUAUCAAAGACGCGGACACGAAUAAACGGAAGGCAGAUCGAACGAGUGUCUCGCAGGCGCUGAAACACUUCGUUCGUGACUGGGCGAGCGACGGCGAGCAUGAGCGAAAGGCUACGUUUCCAUGUAUUCUCCGAACACUGGGAACCUUAUUUCCACAGCGAGCUGCAGAGCCAGGGAAACACCAGCGGGUACUGAUCCCCGGCGCUGGGCUUGGACGGCUGGGUUACGAUAUUGCGGCCCUUGGAGGGUUCGACGUAACCAUCAACGAAUGGUCCAUGUAUAUGAAUGUCGCUUAUCGCGUCCUCGAAACGGAGGAGGACCUCUCACCCUUCACCUUCCAUCCUUUCAUUGACUCCUGGUCACAUCACGCUACUUCCGCCGACAUGCAGCGCGCUGUAUCCUUCCCCGACCGACCCCUCAACACUUCGUCCGUCGUCCUCGUCGAAGGCGACUUCACCACCGAAUUUCAGACCGGACACAGCGACUACGAUGCCAUCGUCACACACUUCUUCAUCGAUACGGCACGCAAUCUGAUGAGCUACCUCGAGACGAUCCACCGCACCUUGCGACCGGGCGGCUACUGGAUCAACUCGGGUCCGCUGCUGUACGGGAGUGGGCCGUUUGUGCAACUGUCCCUGGAUGAAAUCAUCUUGUUGUCGGAGGCAUUGGGAUUUGAGUUUAUUGAGACGAGUCCGAGGUGCGGCGAGGUCACGUUGUCAGGGAAAAAGGUGAGGUCGAUGUCGGCAAUAUAUGGGUCGAAUGAGAGGGCACUGAACAUAAAUGGAUAUAAGGUGCAGUUUUGGGUUGCGAGGAAGCGGUUAAGGAACGGAGAUCGGUGAUAGGCGAAGACACGGCCGAUUUUACCUCGAAAAAACCACUACUUCAUAUCGAGGCAAGGUAUUGGACAGUACGCACUCCUAUGGAGAUAUGUUGUAUUGUCCGUAUUCACAAUAGCCAGGAUCCUGAGAUCGAUUUCUAAAUAUGUGGUUCAGAUACCGUACUAUCCAGCGAAUACCUCUAAGUCUAUUGGUGUUUUGUCAUGCUACAGAACACCGUCCAUCCUAUUACAGCUUAAGUAAAUGUCCUGUCAGUAAAACCAAUGACUUGCGCCU